GGCGGGGGGAUGGGUUCCUGAGUGCGACGAACUUGGACAUCUCGGCAAUAGCGACGGCGUCUUCAUGGGGUAGAUAAAUAGGAGGCGGGCGCGGCAAGUUUGGGAGGCGAUGCUUGUCGUCCUUUCUCCCCAGGGCUCAAACGCCGUCUUGAUCUAGCCUGCCAUGAACGAGAAGAACAACGCUGCCGGCGGCCCUGCUGUGGUCCAGCAGGUCGAGGAGGCUGCCGCCCCUGCCGGCGACGCCAACAAGGACAAGGUGCAAUGGCGGGACUUUUGGGACAACCGGCGGGUGUUGAUGUUUUGCUUCAUCAUCUACCUGCUCCCCAUCAACCUCGGCUACGAGAUCGCCAUGCUCGGCAAGCUCCUGGCCGUCACGCCCUUUGCCCAGCGGUUCGGCUACCAAGUGGGCGACAAGUGGGUCAUCGGCGCGUCGGACCAGGGCAUCCUCAACGCGGCCAACACCAUCGGCAUCUUCGCGUCGGCCUUUGCCGCCGGCGUCAUCAGCGACCUCGUGGGCCGCAGGCGCACCAUCGCCGUCGCCUGCGUCGUCUGCGCCGCCGGCGUCGUCGUCCAGUACUUUGGCACCUCCAUCCCCAUGCUGUUCGGCGGCAAGCUCAUCUCCACCGUGGGCUUCGGCGUCGGCCACUCGCUGGGGCCCGUCUUUGUGGCGGAGCUUGCGCCUGUCAAGAUGCGCGGGCUGUGCCUCGUGCUUGUUAACACCAUGAUCGUGCUGGGGCAGUGGCUCAGCUCCCUCGUCGCCUACGCCUGCAGCGCGGCCUACGACGGCGACGAGGCCUGGCGCAUCCCCAUCAUCACGCAGAUCAUCCCGCCGGGCCUCAUGCUGAUUGCGCUUAUCUGGCUUCCAGAGUCGCCGUCGUGGCUCCUCAUCAAGGGCCGGCGCGAGGACGCGCGCCGGGCCUUUCUGGUCUUCAACGGCCCGUCCUUCGACGCCGACGCCGCCAUGGCCGUGGCGGACGCGGCCAUCGCGCUCGAGGCGGAGGCGCGCGAGGCGCAGCGGGCCAGCGGCUGGGCCGACUGCUUCCGCGGCACCAACCGGCGGCGCACCACCAUCAUCGUCAUGGUGUACCUGGCGCAGCAGUUCAUCGGCGUCAACUUCGUCGGCGGCUACCUGACCUACUACUUCCGGCUCGCGGGAGUGAAGGACCCGCUCGCCGUCGGGCAGGCCGCCAUGGCCAUCCAGCUGGUGGGCAACAUAUGCUCGUGGCCGCUCGUCGACCGCCUAGGCCGCCGGCCCCUGCUCGUGGGCGGCAGCUUCGUCAUGACGGCGCUGCUGCUCGUCGUCGGCGGCGUCAGCACCAUCCCGACGCCCGGCGCCCUGUCUACCACGGUGGCCUUUAUGGUGAUCUGGGGGUUCCUGUACCAGAUGACGCUGGGCGCCGUCGCGUACGGCGUCGGCGGCGAGACGGCGAGCGUGACGCUGCGCCAGAAAACGUACAGCAUCAACAUCAUGGUCUCCACCGCCGCCUCGUGCCUGGUCCUGCAGGUCAUGCCGUACCUCAUCAACUCGGACCAGGCCAACCUCGGCGGCAAGAUCGCCUUUGUCUUCUUCGGCACCUCGCUGCCCAUAUGCGCGUACCUGUACUUCUGCCUGCCCGAGCUCAAGGGCCGCAACUACGCCGAGGUCCAGGAGAUGUUCGACAAGAGGCUGCCGAUGCGCCAGUUCAAGACGUACGUGUGCGAGGGCAGCGCCGGGGGCGAGCACAAGGGUGGGAAGCAGGAGGCGUGAAGCGGGCCGUGGAGAGGCAUUUGAGAUGCUGGUUCAUGUGUACCCUAGAUGGCAAUAU